UUUAAACUCAGAGAAUAUUAAUCUAACCCAGAGCAACAAAUAUCACCCCUGUAUUGUCCCCAAGAAACGUUCCUGUAUUCUCCAAGGAUAUCCACAGGAGAGAAUCGAUUCGGGCGAUAGCGUCGCAGCAGAUUAUAGCCUCGGGGUGCGGUUGUGGUCACGGCACGCACAGUCCCUCGUGGAACGAUGCUGGACCGACAUGACUGGAGCGCGCGCGCGUACUCGAACGGGGCCCUUCGGCGAGGCGUCGGGUCCCGACACGCCACACAUAUUAGAAACGAAUAUAAAUAUAUCGGGAAGCUCAGCAGGGCCCGCGGCGUGGUGGUGGGGACAAGCGAGCGCGUAUUGGCGGCGUGGAAGUUACACGCAGCGGCGUAGCAGCUAGAGUUCGAGAACGGGCCCUCGUUCCCCCUUCCCUGAAGCGGCUUUCCAGCCGAGUAGCCGCCUUUACCCCGCGCUUCUCCGGCUGCCAAGCGGUCCCAGAGCACGCUCAGUGUCCGCUCGGCCUCAGCACGCCCGAGUAGGAAGGACGGAAACGCCGCUUCUAGAAGCUUUUUAACGCGUUCACGGACUGGUCACGAUACUGCCGCCAAUUAACCCCGUGAACCUUCUUCUCACUGUUUAUUCCCUAAUGUCCUCGAGAGUGUUGUCAUUGUUUUACCAAACAUCAAUUAAAUUAAGUGAAGUUAGAAAAGGGUCUAGUGGUGGUGUUUGACAGUUCAUCGUUGAUAUCCAUUUUUGUGAUUCCGUAAUAAAUUGUUACGGUCAAUAUGAGCUGCUUUGAAGGUUUGUCGGUGGUUUUACUGCAUCGGUGAUUGGCAGGAUGAAGGUAUUCGUGACUUCGCUCUGUCAGACUGGUCCCGGAAUAGACUGACACGUCGCGUGUCAAGGCUUCGACGUGAAUCGAAUCUGAUCCGUUGAAGAGGACGACUGAAGUGAACGGCGAUCGGAAACUGACGCUUAAGAGAGUUAGGUUGUGUGAAUCCUAGGCGAGGAGAGAAGCAGGCCGAUCGAUACAGAGAUCGGGUUGGAGAAUCCGCGUGAAACGUUAUCAUUCGCCUGAUUCCCUUUGUACGUUCGACCACGGUGCCGCGUAUUAAAACGUUAAUCUCUGGCUGUACUACCGGUUAUACGUACAGAUUGCCUCUCCCUCUCCUUUCUCUUGCUCUCUUCCCAUUCUGCACAUUGUACGCUCUUUCCCUCUCCCUCUUGGUUUAGCUCUCUCUGUUGCUCCUUCCUAGCUGCAUCUUUGUCUCUUCUUUUCCUCUUCACUGCCUACUAUCUUUCCUCCUUCCUUCCUUACGACGCUCGCUUUCUCCGUUGUCCCUGUCCCUUCGACGCGUCCUUGUCGUAUCCCGGAGAAUCUCUUGGUGUUCCAACAGCGCGUGCCAACCCGAAGAACUGAAAAAAACAUGGUACACCGUCAGCCGAAUGCCAAUACCACUUUCUUGGCUCUUGCAAAAUGGUUAAAGUAUUGAGUAAAUGGCAGACUUGGAGGAGCCACCGAGUUUUUUCGCCCUUAUGAAGCAUUGGAUCGAUGAUGACAUGCAUAGAAUCGUGGACUUUCGACGUCUGGCUCUUCCAAUCUUAGGAUUCCAGACACGAUUCUGUAAGACUGUAAGAGAAGUCGUGAGGAAGAAGCGAUAUACUGUUGACUAGGAUCAGGCAGAAAUUAAUUUCAAUUCAUUAGUAUUCAUCAACUAUAAUAAAGUUACACUCCUAUACUGAUAGUAUACAACAACAAAACACAACAACAAAGGUUUUGCUACUAAAAGAGGUAAUGCUUCAUAAUGACUGACAUCAGCCCCCUCUAAACGAGAACAAAAGAUGUUAACUUACAUACAUCAAUUAUAGAAGAACAGUUAUUCCAAUGCUACUUUCAAAUUGCCAAGCGAAUAUUCCUUUGAAACCAGCAACAAUUCAGAUGGCAUAUUUACAUGGGUCAACUCCUUAAGAAGUCAUGUCAAGUCUAGCAAGAAGACGGAAGACCUCAGUGCUAGGCUCAAAAAGAUGGUGGCAGGGUGGCUGCUGGGCCACCAGGAGCCACCAGGAAGCUUACCUCCGUAAACUAUACGCCAGGAAAAACGAUCAAGUUAACAAAAUUGACGAUGAAUCUCCCAAUCGACGGGAUCUACCCAGUAAUUGGACACCUGGCGCCGUCUACGAGUUACCUUCCACCGAUGAACAUUAUUUGGAUGCUUUUCUGAGGAAUCGUGAAGAUGGAAACGAGGAAGAUGAUGUGGUUGGUGUUAUGGUUGGGUGUCCAGCUUUGGCUACAACGAGAACUAGCCCUACGGAGAAGUGCGUGGAAUAUCUGAACGGUGCUCACGACGUUGCUGUGUUUGAAACCGAACGCAGGAUCACAGGGGAGCCAGUGAUACCUGAUUGUGGCUCUUUGCAUUCGGGUUAUGAUGUCGCCGCCUCUGCAGAAAAGGUGUGCAGAAGCUGCAGGUGUCCCAGGGAGGAGCAUCAACGCACCUCGACGGAGGCGGGCGGUCCCUCGGGACUCGGCCUCGGUCCUGGUCCGCCGAUGGCCAUGGCCAUGGCUUUUCAGAGCGGGGCCGCCGGUUCUUCUCACCAGGAACCUUUCAAGAGUCCCGUGCAACCGGCUCCGCCAGGCCUCGCCCUUCAAGAGGCUCUGAUGCAUCAUCAGAGGCACUCGCAGAGCGAUGAUGACAGCGGAUGCGCGCUCGAAGAGUACACGUGGGUCCCGCCAGGCCUCAGGCCAGAUCAAGUACACCUGUACUUCAGCGCGCUACCGGAAGACAAGAUCCCGUACGCGGGCAGCGCCGGCGAGCGGGAGCGGGUUAAGCAACUACUACAGCAGCUCCCACCGCACGACAACGAAGCGCGAUACUGCAGCGGCCUGAGCGAGGAGGAGAAACGGGAGCUUAGGGUAUUCGCCGCGCAACGGAAACGCGAGGCGCUUGGACGGGGACACGCGAGCCAGCUGGACAGGCCCCACGGCGCCGGAUGCCGCGAAUGUACCAGGCCGAUCGCGGCCGGUGAGAUGGCGGUGGCUGCGAGCCGCGCCGGUCCGUCCGCCCUCUGGCAUCCGGCCUGCUUCGUCUGCUGCGUGUGCAGGCAGCUGCUCGUCGACCUGAUAUACUUCUGGAGGGACGGCAGGUUAUACUGCGGCCGGCAUCACGCGGAAACGCUGAAACCGAGGUGCUGCGCCUGCGACGAGAUCAUACUUGCUGACGAAUGCACCGAGGCGGAAGGGAGGGCGUGGCAUAUGAGGCACUUCGCGUGCCUCGAGUGCGAUCGCCAGCUUGGUGGUCAGAGGUACGUGAUGAGGGAAGGUAGACCUUACUGUCUCCGAUGUUUCGAUGCUUCGUUCGCCGAGUACUGUGACAGCUGUGGUGAACCGAUCGGCGUGGAUCAAGGGCAAAUGUCACAUGAGGGUCAGCACUGGCACGCGACUGAAGCUUGCUUCUGUUGCGCAACUUGCCGUACGUCCCUUCUCGGACGGCCGUUUCUUCCGCGAAGAGGUGCUAUUUAUUGCAGCAUAGCCUGUAGCAAGGGAGAACCCCCAACAACACCGAGCGAUUCUUCUGCUGGACCGCCACCACCACCUUCCUUCCUUAGAACUGGUCGGAGACCACCGCCACCAAGCGAAGGUUCCUCUAGCCCACCACCACCUCCGCCGCCUCCACCACCGCCUGGAUCCAGACACACCCUCUGUUCACCUCGUAACUCACCUCGAAUGAAUAGGAAGCAUCAUCAAACGUCUGCUUCCCUAGCGACAACACCUACGCAAAGCACUUUGAGUCCUGAAUUCCCUACUGAAGGAUUCCCUUCAAGCGGUUCCAAACCGAGUGGCCUUGACCGAGUGUUGCUCGAGAGGAAUCUUGAGAGACUCCUCCAGGAACGUAGUUCACAUCCAGAGGAAAGUCGCAACGAAUUGGGAAGGUUAAUGCAGGCAAGAGACCGCGAGCCGUUGAGAUGCAUUCAAAAUUGUGCUCCUUCCCACGCGUCGAGCAUGCCAGAGCUGCCUCCACCUCCCCGGCCUCCGUCCGGAGCGUCGGCGUCGGCGUCAACGUCCACAUCGACCGGAGUCGUCGCAACCGCGAUUCCCGGGAUCGUGUUGGAAUCGGCGACGUCGCCGACGACCCUCGUCGUCAGUCAAACGGACCCUCCGACGCCGACGUCGCGGCGCGUGCGGUUCCAAGGCGACUUGGACGUGAACGACCAUGCUGCAGGGUCGUCGCGCGUCACCCUAUCGCCUAACAACGAUAGGAAUUCAUCCUCAUCACCCUCUCCUCCCCCAGCGUCGCUGCCGAGAACGAAUGUGUCUCGAUCGAGAAGCCUGCAGCCGGAGGAAGUCGCUAGCACGUCCGCCUGGGGUGUCGCUGGGAGCUCAAAAUCAAGGAUAGAGGGCGAAGACGACGACGUGGAGUCUUGCUGUUCUACCUGCAGCUCCUCAAGCAGUUCCGAUGAAGCUGCUGCCUACGCCUUGCCACCGAGAAGAGCAUACGGCGGUGUCAGAAUUUCUUACGUGCCCAACGACGCAGUGGCAUGCGCGAGGAAACGUACACCGACGUCUUCAAUGUCGAAUCAAGCGCAUAGGGAUGCAGACAAGUGUAUUGUGUCCUGAUGAUCCCCUGAAGAGUUUCAAAUCAUCUUUACGUCGCGAUAUCAAUGUAUUGUCCAUUGAGGGAAACACUUUUACUUCACUGUCAGGUGAUGUGAAGAAGAAAUUCGUGCGAGUCUCGAACCGAUGAACAACGCGAAAAAUAUGGACUAACGCGAUAAAAUACAAGAGUUCCUAAAAGCGACGUAAGAUUCGCCAUGUUUCCAGCACUCGAGACUCAGAUAAACGAUUUAAUAUACUCAUGUACAUAAUGAACGUACUUCCGAAAUGAUCGCUCGUGAAGACCGAAUAGUCGCGACGAUCGCGCUUCUCCUUCUAUUUUUAAUACCCCGGUAUAUUUGAUAAUAAUAACGAUGAUGAUAACGUUAUAUUUUAUUACCAUUGCCAUUCCCGUUGCGUAAACGACAGUUCACACGGGCGCUGUGUUCUUGUUCGAGAUUCGAUCGUCUUGUCUUGACCAACUUUUUUUAGAUAAUAGUUUGAAAGAAAAAAUUUGGUCAACUCUACAAAGUAAAUAGUAUUUAACCGUGAUGCGACUGCAUGGCGUUACGCUGUAAGUACAAAUGAAGAGCGUUCGGGCCGAGAUGUAGACAAUCUGAAAAGUAUUUGGAAAAUAAAUUGAGACGAAGACUAAUUAAGCAAU